GGCUGGAAGAUGGCGCCCUCGGGCCCGGGCCGCGUCCGGCGCCGCGUCCGGCGGGUGCUCUACUGGGUCCCCGUGGUCUUCAUCAGCCUCCUGCUCGGCUGGUCCUACUACGCCUACGCCCUGCAGCUCUGCAUAGUGUCCAUGGAAAAUAUAGGAGAACAAGUUGUGUGCCUGAUUGCCUAUCAUCUACUUUUUGCAAUGUUUGUCUGGUCAUAUUGGAAAACUAUUUUUACAUUACCAAUGAAUCCUUCAAAAGAAUUCCAUCUUUCUUAUGCAGAGAAAGAAUUGUUGGAGCGAGAGCCAAGAGGAGAAGCUCAUCAGGAAAUUCUUAGGCGAGCAGCCAAAGAUCUUCCCAUCUAUACCAGGACAAUGUCUGGAGCAAUCCGAUAUUGUGACAGAUGCCAACUCAUAAAACCAGACCGCUGCCACCACUGUUCCGUCUGUGAUAAAUGUAUUUUGAAGAUGGAUCAUCAUUGCCCAUGGGUGAACAAUUGUGUUGGAUAUUCAAAUUAUAAAUUUUUUCUCCUUUUCUUGGCUUAUUCUCUGUUGUAUUGCCUUUUUAUUGCUGCUACAGACUUACAGUAUUUCAUCAAAUUUUGGACAAAUGGCCUACCUGAUACUCAAGCCAAGUUCCACAUUAUGUUUUUAUUCUUUGCUGCAGCUAUGUUUUCUGUUAGCUUGUCUUCUCUGUUUGGCUAUCAUUGUUGGCUAGUUAGCAAAAAUAAAUCAACAUUAGAAGCAUUUAGAAGCCCAGUGUUUCGGCAUGGAACAGAUAAAAAUGGAUUCAGCUUGGGUUUUAGCAAAAACAUGAGGCAAGUUUUUGGUGAUGAGAAGAAGUACUGGUUGCUACCCAUUUUUUCAAGUCUAGGCGAUGGCUGUUCCUUUCCGACUUGCCUUGUUAAUCAGGAUCCUGAACAGCCACCUACUCCAGCAGGAUUGAAUUCAGCAGCUAAAAAUCCCGAAAACCAUCAAUUUCCUGCAAAGCCACUGAGAGAUUCCCAGAGUCACCUUCUUACGGAUUCUCAAUCUUGGAUGGAGAGCGGUACAAACCUCAAGAAAGGCACAGCUGGCAUGAGCAAUCCUGCAUUAAUCUUGGAGAAUGAGACUUAGCUCUUCAAAUAAAAUUCCUACUUUAACAAAGUAUUCAUGCUUUGGAAGAUGGAAGAGGCUUCUCAGGGGAAUGCCCGGUGUCUCGCUGUUCCUUUUUCCUUUGGCUGGAUGAAUAUGCAGAACAUAAUAAGUUCUAUUCAAACCACUUAAAAUACAUUAACACUUUUUUAUCUAACAUUCUGAUAAUUUCAUUUAACAUGAAUUCUUGUAAAAUAUUGUAUUGUCAUUUAAAAAUCAGAGUGAUUCCAUGAAAAAAAACUUUGCUUGUAAUAUAUCCAUAGGUCACUUUUCACCAAAUACUUGGGUAACCCCAAUUUAUCAGACACAAAAUCCAUGAUUAUUAUUCAGUUUGAAAAACUGAGACUGUUAAGGUAUAUCUUUUAAUAUUUAAAAAUACAAGUUACAUAAUGAUAAGCUUUGUAAACUUCAUUACUACCUAUGAAAAGAUGGAGAGGUAGCAAAUGUAA